GAGACACGGUCCGUGCCUCAGGGUAAUGCUGGCCACCCAAAAAACGGGGUGACUCAGCUGGGAAAGGAGCGUGGCCUUCACACCAUUCGGGGGGGUGCAGCCCUCCUCGAGAGCCAGGCCAGCUCCUGCUGCUGGGCUUUCUCUUUGCCGGGACUGUGUGAAACACGCUUUUCCUAAGCCCGAGCCGAAGAGCGGGCAGGCAGAACGAGGACCCUCGGCCCAUGGCUGAACCCCCUGAGAAGGGCAGAGCCGGGAGCAGCCUCCCAGCGCAUCGGGGCCUCGGACCCGUCUCCUCCAUCCCCGGGCGCCGGCUGGGCCGUGAUGGCAGCGUCCCCGCAGAAAUCUCCGUCUUCCCCCAAGUCCCCCACCCCGAAAUCUCCGCCGUCCAGAAAGAAAGAUGACUCCUUCCUGGGCAAGCUCGGCGGCACGCUGGCGAGGAGGAAAAAAGCCAAAGAAGUAUCUGAAUUACAAGAAGAAGGAAUAAAUGCCAUUAACUUACCUCUCAGUCCAAUUCCAUUUGAACUAGACCCUGAGGACACUAUGCUAGAGGAAAAUGAAGUCCGAACAAUGAUUGAUCCAAAUUCAAGAAAUGACCCAAAAUUACAAGAACUAAUGAAGGUAUUAAUUGACUGGAUUAAUGAUGUGUUGGUAGGAGAGAGGAUUAUUGUGAAAGACUUGGCUGAAGACCUGUAUGAUGGACAAGUAUUGCAGAAAUUAUUUGAGAAACUUGAAAGUGAGAAGCUGAAUGUUGCUGAAGUUACUCAGUCUGAAAUUGCUCAGAAACAGAAGCUACAGACAGUACUUGAAAAGAUCAAUGAAACCCUUAAACUCCCUCCAAGAAGCAUUAAAUGGAACGUUGACUCUGUUCAUGCUAAAAGUCUCGUAGCAAUACUUCAUCUUCUGGUUGCAUUAUCGCAGUAUUUUCGAGCACCAAUCAGACUCCCAGAUCAUGUGUCCAUUCAGGUGGUUGUUGUGCAGAAAAGAGAAGGAAUCCUCCAGUCUCGACAAAUCCAAGAGGAAAUAACUGGUAACACUGAGGCAUUAUCAGGAAGGCAUGAAAGAGAUGCAUUUGAUACUUUAUUUGACCAUGCUCCAGACAAGCUCAAUGUAGUGAAAAAGACUCUCAUCACCUUUGUGAACAAACAUCUCAAUAAAUUGAACUUGGAGGUCACUGAACUGGAGACCCAGUUUGCAGAUGGUGUGUACUUAGUCCUGCUAAUGGGUCUCCUAGAAGGUUAUUUUGUUCCUCUGCACAGCUUUUUCUUAACUCCUGAUAGUUUUGAACAAAAGGUCCUCAAUGUAUCCUUUGCUUUUGAGUUAAUGCAAGAUGGUGGAUUGGAAAAACCAAAGCCAAGACCAGAAGAUAUUGUAAAUUGUGACUUGAAGUCUACACUGAGAGUACUGUACAAUUUGUUUACCAAAUACAGGAAUGUGGAGUGAAGAAUCGAUUUGGGACGUAAAGGAGUGUUAACAAAGAAAACAUCAUACCUAACAUAGUUUUCAUCAGUAUUCCUCUGCAUCUCUAUUCUAAAAGAAGCUAAACAAUUUAUCUGAAAAUUUUAUAUUUUUUUCAUAGUAGAUUUGAAACAUAUAAAUUAUGAAGAAAAAGGGUUGGACGAAAGUGUUUGGGUAUAUUGUGGGAGGAUUAAUGUCUCAGUAACUGUCUUCACACUGUUUUUUAGCAGGUGAAACAAGAAAGAAAAAAGGUUUAGUGACUUUAAUUCAAGUCAUUCUUUGAAGCCAAUCAUAGGAAGAUUCAGCACUGAGUAUCUAUUUUAAUAUUUUUUACAGAUACCUUUUUUAAUCUAGGGAUUUUCUAUCCAUGAUAAUAUGGUUCCAUUCUGAUUAUGAGAAAUGUGCAUGGGGAGAAUCAGUUAAAUACUUUUGUUCACUUCACAGCUAAAAAGAAGAGACUUUCUCAGGCACUUAAGCUGAUUCAUUUGUAUUUCCAGUGCAGUUAGGCUUGAAUUUUAUGGGUACAAACUGAAGUAGUUACUCAUUCCUUUAGACAUUAUUAUCAUUAUGUGAUACUCUGGUUUAAAUAUGUGUUAUUGAGCAUUCCAUAUAAAUACACUUUGCAGCCUGUGACUUGGUUUUGUUCAAGGAAGAGAUCUUUUUUACAAAGUACACAUUUCAGGAAAACACACCUGUAUAAUACAGUUUCCCUGUAUUAUUUGUAUUACGUAGUAUUAGAAAGUAAAAGAACAGCUUGUGUUUCUUUUAAUAGUUUAAACACAGGAUUAUGAGGUUGCAAGUGUGGAUUUAUUGAUAAAUAGGAUUUAGAAUCUGUUUCUUUGGUUGAUUUUAAGAUUACUAUAUUUUACUACAUAAUGUCCAACACACACACACACCAAAAAAAAUAAAAUUUAAAAAAAAAAUUCCAGAAUCAUUCCUGUAGCCUUUCAAUUACAAAAGCACUACUUUUAGGUCUGUAAAGACUCCCUUACAGUGUAAGGUUCUUUGAUCAUUUUAGGUGACUAUAAAGAGUACUUGUUUCUAAUCAUAACCAAGUAUAAGCUGUUUUCUGUUUGGUUUUAGCUUUAACAAAGACACAAAAGACAAAUGGAAGUUGAUUCUUUUCUUAGACUUCAUAUCAACCACCAGUUGUUUCCAUGAAGAAGCUGAUAGAAACUGCCUGACACAAGACUUUACUACCAAAAACUGCACUGGCAUAAGUUGGAGGUGAAAUUAAUCGUUUGCUAGCAGGCUUGUUGUUAGUCUUAGAUAACUUUCUAAAAGAAGUGUUCCAAUGCAACCGCAGAUUCUGGGAAUCCUGGGUUACACAGUAAGGAAGAAAAUCCUGAGGCUGAAAUUACUGUACGACUGUUUAGAAAUCUUCAGGCUGUUUAGUGCAGGGAGGAGAUGUGUUAAUAGUCAUCCAAUUAGGGCAGAACUGGUACAGGUGAAAGGGAAAGCAAUCUGUCAGCUCCUGAGUCUGUCCAUCUGAAGAAAUGCAGUGCUGGCGAGAGCAAUCAAUAACAUCUGUAUGUUACUUAGUGUAUAAAGCAUUACAUAUUUUUCAAUUUUCCAGAACUUUUUUUAAUACAGAGUUUUCUGGUGCAGCAUUGACAUAAAGGAAAGAGAAACAAUUACAUUCUGUCUUUGAUGAACACUGACUGAAGUUUAAUAACAAAGUGAUUCUGACUUCUGCUGAGGACCACAGAGAUUAUUAUUCUGAGAAGUAAAUACCAAGUUUUGCAAAGAAAAGUAAAUAUUUCAUUCAAAGGACAAUACCUGGACAUUCUCUGAACUCAGACGUUGUUAUCUGAUUGUUACAAGUAUUCUAAGUAUCUUUAUUAAAAUAUUUUACCUCUAUAUUUUAAUCUGAAUUUCUGAAAUUAGAGGUGCAGGAAAUAAAAAAUAUUUACUUUUACACAGGUAAAUAACUGGACAUUUUUACCUUGUUGAAAACGAACAUGUUUUCAUUGUAUCUUUAUUAUCUGACAAGCUAAAUGAUAGGAAUUAACAAAGUGUUUUUUGAGCAAACUGAGACUGAACUUCUCAUGUAUAUACCAGCAGUAAUUUCAGCUUAUUUUAAUGUUUCACAUGUAGGUUUUUUAUUUGCACACCUAGACUGGAGUAAUUGUAAUUGUUAAUUAAAAAAUGUACAAUGUUUUUUUCUGCAGAACAUGGUCAGCUGAAAUACUCUUUUACAUCUCAGCAAUGCCAAAACAUUUUGAUUGCCCUUGAUUUCAGGAGUGCACUUUCUUUAAAGAUGAGGUUUAUAUAUGUAAAGGAAAAAAUUAGGAACAGUGAAACUGGUUUUUGGCUGGAUUUGAAAAUAAGUAUUCUGUGUUAUAUUGGUAUAACAUUAUUGGAGAUUUUGAAGUCUGUCAAACUGCAUUUUCCAUCCUUAAAAAACAUAAAACUGAGGCAGAAUGAUGAAAUCCUCAUGCUGAAUGCAAUUACGCAGAACCAUAGAAACACUUAGCUAUCCAACCUUUACACAAUUAUCUAUCCUAUGGUAAGAAGUUAUGUAAAUUAAAAUCUGCUAUAUAAACAAUAGUGUCCUAUGUAAAUAUAGACCCAUGUGAUAGUUUUAACACAUUCACACAAAUAGUAUAUGCUGCCAUGUAGGAGUGGGUCACUGCUUGUAUUUUCAACAAUGUAGAUUUAAAUAGCUAUCAGAUAAAUAUGAAAUCUAAUAUACAGAUGAUAUCUAAUAUUUAUUGCUUUGAUACAGAAUAUUAUAGACAUAUAGAAUAAUACUCCAGACAGUUUUCUCUUCAGCAUUCAGUGUAGGCCUGCACCUUCCUUCAGGGAAGUGAGCUAUUAAGCUAGCUGGGCCAAAUUCUGCUGACACCUGGGGCGCUUUUGUUUGUGGUACACAGCAAUGUAUGCUGAUGUACAGCUGAAUGCACAUUUUUCCUCACUGUUUAUAAUAACAUAGAAGUUGUUUAAGUUUUAGGUCAAUCCUGGAUUUAUUUAUAAUUAUUUUAAAUGAUUAUGUAGACCCAAAUUAAGGGGUUGAGCCCACGUAAAUUAACAGUCACCUGGAGAGGCCAGUUUCACUACUAGUCCGAGAAGGAGCCUUGGAUCUCAAGGCUGCUAUCUCAGCCCUUUGGCUGGGUUUCUAAAGCCAGAUAGUAUGGGUCGCAGCCACUGCCUUAAGAUCUCAUGGUGGUACUUGAUUCUCAUCCACCAGACCAAUGUGUUUUGUCUGUUGUGCUGUGUCACACGAAGGCCCACAGGUAGCGGAGACCAUCAACAACUGGCAGAUUAUUAGCCAGCUUGAGUAGCAAAGAAACAGUAACGUUUUCUGCUGCUGGGUCGUUAUCAAACUGCCAAAAGAACAGAGUUUUUUGUGCUUCUGUGACUUCUAAUCCAUUCAUUGCAUCCAGCAAUAUGGUAUCCAAAUUUGCUUUGUGGCUGGAUCCUGGCACGCUCUGUCAAUUACACAAAACUGUUGUUUUUUUCAAGGAGGAGCUACAGAUUCUUAAUACUAUGUCAAAAAGUUGUCAAAAUAACAAUCUAAAAUCCCAGUAUCUUGAGGUCAGCUCCUUUCAUAUUUGUUUCCUGUUGGCUGACAUUAAGUUGCCAUAAAGAACAGGCCCUGGAAAAAUAGAUAUUGAAAGAAUCUUUGCGUAAUUUUACUGAGACGCAUGAAGGUCAGAAUUGGAUUUCUGUAUAUUUCCAGUGGAGUACAGAUGCACCGAGAUUCUUAUUAAAUGAACUGACUGCAGAACAUCUAGCUCUUUACAACUCUUAGUAGCUAUCUUCUUGUUACAGGGGGGCAGCAACCCUUGCAGCUAUGUAGUUCAGAAAUUCAAGUGGACCCAGUAAGUGCUGGAUAAGAUCCUAAUCUAUUUGACUGACUGUGAACCAGGUUGCUGAUUGGCAUAUCUCUGUGUAAACCAGUGGCAUUAAAUCAACAGAGCAUUUGGUCCUUUCUGUUUUACAGAGAGUUACAGUACUUGGGAAUGGUUUACAUUCUGGCAGACUCUAUUGAUUGAGGUGAAUGCUACUGGGUUGACCUCUGUUCUUAUUUUCGCAAAGUAUGUUUUUAAAUUCAUGUUUCAGAUUAAUUUACCAGACACCUUGCUGCAAGCCACAGUGUUGCAAAGUAGAAUGGAUUUUAAAAGUAAUGCGUUUUAUUUCAUUAGAGAAAUAUAUAUAUGAUAUUUAAUGUACUAGAUACUAGCUGUAGGUCUAGCUUUUGUUAUUCUUGUCGUCCUAUCAAAAUAGCCCUCAUGAAUGGCCUGUGUGUGUGUCAAGCACCCAAAGAAAGAAUAGUGCCUUGAAGAUACCUUGCAACAUUUUCUACACUGUUACUUAACAGACUUCUGUCAUUUUACUGUAAGAAUUAGUAGGUUUUGUCUUUACAGUUAAAGUACAAUUAAAGGCUGAAGAAAUAAUUUGUAGAAAAGUUAUAAAGAUAUUUUGUUUCAAUGUAUUGCAUAGAAAAUUCAGACAGCAGUACCAAAAUUCAAAAAUUAUUCAUACCUCAGCAUCCACAGAUUAUUCCAAAGAGGUUUUGAGUAAUUUAACAUUUACUAGGGCUAAUUUUAUAUUUUUUUACAAUAUUUUCUGUGUGACUAUUUCUUUUUGCAGAAAUGACUUUUUGUUUUCUAGUGGUUUAAUACUACAUGCUCUGCAACAAUGUUAAUGUAAUUGAAAUAUUUGGUUUUAAAUUUGAAUAUCAGAUUAAUUGAUAAAAAAUAUUUGCAAAAUUUACUUCUUAAAAUGUGUGUCUGAAAAUAAUGAUUAGUUUAAUUUAAACUGCAUUGCCCUCAGCUGCGGAGUUAGCUUUCACAGAAUGUAUUUUAUGUAAUCUGUAAGAGACACUCUAUUGCUGACUUUUUCCUGUUCUUUUUCUGAAGUCUUUGUUAUGAUCCACAAUAAAAUAUGCACCUGAAAAUCAA